AUGUCCGUGGAGGGUCUGUGGAGAUACAUGGCAUGCUCCAUGUUUCUUUUGACAUUUUCAGCACUGAAAACUGCCUCCGUCGGUGUCUUAAAUGCCUCUCACAAGGAUAUUUUUAGCGACUUUGGGCAGUUCCGACUUCCUCAGAGCCAGGCACCGGAGUUACGGAAGGUUCAAGCCUCUAAUUAUCAUCCUGGCUUAUACUUCAACCAAGGAGAUGUACCGUUCCUGAGACAGAGGGCAACUACAACACACAGCCACAUUUUCCGAGUUAUCCGGGGUGCCGUGCUGACCAUGCUGUCCAACAUGCCUCUGUACAUGCCACCUGUAAAGCAUGAUGAAUUCGCCAGCAAGUGGAACGAGAUCUAUGGGAAUAAUCUGCCACCUCUGGCUUUAUACUGUCUACUCUGUCCAGAGGACACUGCUGCUUUAGAGUUUCUGAUACGGUACAUGGAUCGUAUGGUGGCAUACCCGGACUGGAAAGUUACCAGUGCAGUGAACGAUGAAGUCCCGGUGGCUCAUUCGCUGACUGGAUUUGCUACUGCUUUUGACUUUAUCUACUCCUCCCUGGACGAACAUCGCCGUGAGUUUUACCUCCGAAGGAUAUGUCAAGAGACAGAGGAGCUCUUCGAGACUUCGAAAUACAGGGGAUGGGGAAAACAGUUUCUCCAGAACCAUCAAACUACUAAUAUUUUAGCAAUUUUGAUUGGUGCCAUUGUUGUGGGCAUGCACAAUAACCAAAAGGCUAUGGUAUGGAAACAAGUGUGUGUAAACUAUAUGGAGAAGACCAUGUUUCUUCUGAACCAUGUUGUAGAUGGAUCAUUAGAUGAAGGAGUGGCGUAUGGGAGCUACACUGCAAAGUCGAUCACACAGUAUGUAUUUCUUGCCCAGCACCACUUUAACAUCGACAACACUCAAAACAACUGGCUUCGCACCCAUUUUUGGUUUUACUAUUCAACUUUGCUGCCAGGAUUUCAAAGAACAGUGGGUAUAGGGGAUUCUAAUUACAACUGGUUUUAUGGACCUGAGAGCCAGUUAGUUUUCUUAGACACUUUUGUGUUGAAGAAUGGCACAGGUAAUUGGCUAGCACAGCAAAUCAGGAAGCACAGACCUAAGGAUGGUCCUAUGAGUCAGUCUUCAGCCCAAAGAUGGACAACUCUACACGCUGAGUUCAUAUGGUAUGAUGCCCACCUUACACCUCAGCCUCCGCAUGGUCAUGGAAAUGCCAAGAUGCACAUAUUUUCUAACUGGGGUGUAGUGACUUACGGAGCUGGUUUACCUAUUGCACAAGGAAACACGUUUGUUUCUUUUAAAUCAGGCAGGCUGGGUGGACGUGCAGUGUUUGAUAUUGUGCACGCCAAGCCUUACUCAUGGAUAGAUGGUUGGAACAGUUUCAACCCUGGCCAUGAGCACCCUGACCAAAAUUCAUUCACUUUUGCUCCCAAUGGGCAAGUAUUUGUAUCUGAGGCACUUUAUGGACCAAAAUACAGUUACCUGAAUAAUGUGCUAGUGUUCAGUCCUUCCCCAACGAGUCAGUGCAAUGCCCCUUGGGAAGGGCAGCUAGGCGAGUGCACCAAGUGGCUGCGCUAUACCGAUGAGGGAGUAAGGGACAGUGCGGGAGAGGUGAUAGCAGCGUCCUCGCACAGAGACACCAUGUUUGUAAGUGGUGAAGCUGUUGCAGCAUACUCCCCAGCUAUGAAGCUGAAAAGUGUGUACAGGGCACUAGUGCUUCUUAAUUCACAGACUUUAUUGGUUGUUGACCAUGUGGAGAAAAAAGAAGACUCACCUGUGGACACACUCAGUGCAUUUUUUCACAACCUGGACAUUGACUUCAAGUACGUCCCUUAUAGGUUUAUGGACAGGUACAAUGGUGCGAUGAUGGAUGUUUGGGAUGCUCAUUACAAAAUGUUCUGGUUUGAUAGAGAAGGAAAUAGCCCAAACACAAGAAUACAGGAGGCAGAGCAAGCAGCUGAGUUUAAAAAAAGAUGGACGCAGUUUGUCAAUGUCACAUUCCCAGUUAAGGAUGCCAUAGGCAGAAUGGUCUACGUGAUGCAUGGCCCUUAUGUUCAAAUCUCUAAUUGCAGGUUUAUAGAUAGCAGCAAGACUGGACUCAAACUUUCCAUUGUAAUCAACAACACUGAAAAAAUUGUUUCGAUUGCAACCAACUACAAAGACAUAGGGGCUCGCUCAAGCUACCUGGGCUUUGGGGGUUACGCAAAAGUUGAGGAUCGUUACCAGAUAAUCCGCUUUGGCAUCGGCACACAGCUUGUUCCGAAACAAACCACAGCAAAUAGUCAGUUGUUUAAUUUAGGAUUCACGGUAAAUUUGAUAGCAGGGGUGAUACUGUGCGUAGCUAUCGGCUUUAUCAUUUUGCAGCGCAAGUUUUAUAUCUGCUUCACCAGACUAAUGCGCUACACCCUGUUUUCAGUGCUAAUGCUCUGGAUUGUUGAACUCCUUUUUGUCUCAAAUAGCUGCGAUCAGCUGCUGUGUGGGGUGAAGUGGAAAAAUGCUGCCACUGAUCCAGAACUUCAGAAACAAAUCAGAAUUUACGACCAGCAUCAUUUUUCUUUGCCCACUGUGGUCAUUACAACUCUGCCGGGCUCUGGCUCAGACAUUCUAAAGCACCUUUUCUUCAACAACUCGGACUUCGCUUAUUUAAGGGUUCCUACAGCACACCUAGACAUCCCUGAAACAGAGUUUGAGUUUGACUCCUUGGCUGAUGCCUGUGAGUGGACAAGGUCUGAUGCUCAGCAUGGUCAGUUUAAAAUUGUUCAGGGCUGGUUGCAUUCACUGGUCCACAACACGCAUUUGCACCUGCAGAACAUCCCUCUGUAUGACACAAACAAGGCCAAGCAGCUUCUGAGAGUAAAUCCCAUACAAAAGAAGAAAACAAAAAGAAGAAGAAGGGAGCAGCUGGCUGACAUGAGAGGAAGGUUGCGAGUCAGUUUGGACAGGGAUGCGGAGUAUGUCCGGGAAAUGAGGAGACACACGGGGGAAUAUCCAAACGCCCGGCUUGUCCUCAACCUACGCAGUGGCAGCUGGCCUCUUAAACUCCCUUUCCUUCAUGAGGUCAUUGGCCCCUCACUCAAGGCUGUUUAUGUGGUCAGGGAUCCUAGAGCAUGGAUCUAUUUAAUGCUUUAUAACAGCAAACCAAGUCUUUACUCACUGAAGAAUGUCCCGCAGCACUUGGCGCUCAUGUUCAAACAGGACGUCACUAGAGAGCGAUGCCCAGCUUUUGCAGCAGAGUUUAGUAUCCUAUGGCGGCUUCUUUCUCGAUCCGAAGCCAAUCCGGUGCUGCUGCUAGCCCACUUGUGGCUGGCUCACACUGCUGCAGUGCUCCGUGUUACAGCGACUUUACCUGAGGACAUCUACCUCCAGGUGAGAUUUGAGGAUGUUGUGAACUUUCCUGAGGAAACAGCCAAGAGGAUACACUUAUUUCUGGGGGUUCCACUGAUGCCCUCAGCCCUCAACCAGCUUAUGUUCACCACCUCCACAAACUUGUACAAUCUUAUGUAUGAGGGAGAUAUAUCACCGACUACCAUCAAUGUAUGGAAGCAUAACAUGUCUAGGAAAGAUAUUAGACUUAUUGAGGACACUUGUGGCUUUUUGAUGAGGAGACUUGGAUACUCCAGGUUUAGCAGUUAAAUCGUCUGCAGGUGAACUGCUGAUUGUGGUUUUCUGUACUGUGGUUAUUAUUAUUAUUAUUAUUUUCUUAUACCUAAGCACUGACAAAAAGUAAAAAAAAAAAAGAAAGUGCAGUUAUUAAAUUAGUUUUAUCUUAGAAACUCUAAUGC